CUGGAGGGAGGGCAGCAGAUGCGGCAUAAGGGGGUGCAGAUUGUAAGAGGUGCAAACUGCUGAUGGUGAGCGCUCAUGGCCAGGUUAGCAAGCCGGGGCACCCAUCGCCCUGUGCAACCACCUCGCGAGAAAGCUGCUCUGGGAACCGCCAGGAGACGGUGGGGCAGAUCAGAACGUCCCGGCCGGUGGGCGGUGGCCAGACUCGUCUCUGAGCGGCCCAACUGCCCCCAGCCCAGUUCCAGCAGCUGGGCAGCCACACACCAUGCUCCUUCCAGUGCUGCUGCUUGCGGGGCUCCGCGGCUUGCUAGCAACAGGGCCAGAUUUUCAAGAUAUAUUUCUACAAAUUAUAACUCCAGAGAAAAUUCAAGCAAAUAUAAAUGAUUCAGAAGUAGAAAAUGAAGAGAUCUCCUAUAUUAUCCCAGUAGAUGGGAAGCAAUAUACAAUAUACCUUAAGAAAAGGUAUUUCUUAAGUGAAAAUUUUAUGGUUUACUUGUAUAAUCAAGGAUCUAUGAAAGCUUAUGAUUCAGAAACUCAGUGCUACUACCAAGGAUAUGUUGAAGGAUAUACAAAUUCUAUUGUCAUACUCAGCACAUGCUCUGGACUGAGAGGAAUAUUGCAAUUUGAAAAUGUCUCUUAUGGAAUUGAACCUCUGGAAUCUACAAUUGAAUUUCAGCAUGUUCUUUAUAAACUAAAGAAUAAAAACAAUGACUCUGCACUUCUUACUAGUCAUGACCAAGGCAUAAAACAAAACUCAGUGAAUUAUGUCAUCUUACUGAGUAAAAAAUCUCAGGAAGCUGGCACAGAUCUAAGGCCUCUUUAUCUAGAAAUGCACAUUGUGGUGGAUAAAGUUUUGUAUGAUUACUUGGGCUCUGAUAGCAUGGUUGCAACAAGUAAAAUCAUCGAAGUUAUUAGCCUUGUAAAUUCAAUGUUUGCCCAAUUUAAAGUUACCAUUGUGCUAUCCUCAUUGGAGUUGUGGUCAGAUGAAAAUAAGAUUUCUACAGAUGGUGAGGCAGAUGAAUUACUGAACAAAUUUAUAGAAUGGAAAAAGUCUUAUCUUACUCUAAGGCCCCAUGAUAUUGCUUAUCUAUUCAUCUAUAGAGAUCAUCCAAAUAAUGUGGGAGCAACAUUUCCUGGAAAGAUGUGUGUUACUCACUAUUCUGCAGGAAUUGCUUUGUACACAAAGGAGAUGACUUUGGAGGCAUUUUCAGUUAUUGUCACACAAAUUAUGGGACUCAGUCUUGGAAUAGCAUAUGAUGAGCCAAUGAAAUGUCAGUGUUCUGGAGCUCUCUGUAUAAUGAAUCCAAAUGCUAUGCAAUUCAGUGGUGUGAAGACAUUUAGCAACUGCAGUUUGAGUGACUUUGAAAAUUUCAUUUCAAAUAUGGGUACCCGAUGUCUGCAGAAUAAGCCACAGAUGCAAAAGGCUCCUGCAGCAGUCUGUGGAAAUGGCAAAGUAGAGGGAAAAGAACAAUGUGACUGCGGCAAUGAAGAACAAUGUGGACCUGAUAGCUGUUGUGAUUUUCGUACUUGUGUGCUGAAACAUGGAGCACAAUGUGCUACUGGACUAUGCUGCAAAAGGGACUGUAAAUUUCAAAGUAAAGGUUUUGAAUGUAGGCCCAGAGCACAUCCCGAAUGUGACUUUCCUGAAUUUUGUAAUGGAAGCUCAGCAAAAUGUGAACCUGAUGUAACUGUGCAUAAUGGACACUUAUGCAAGCAUGGAAAACAUAUGUGUUUUGGUGGAAAUUGCCAAGAUUCAAAUGCACAAUGUGAGGCCAUAUUUGGAAAAGGCUCAAGAGCUGCUCCAUUUCAAUGUUAUGAAGAAAUACAUGCUCAAACUGGUAGAUUUGGAAAUUGUGGCAUAAACAAUAAAGAUUAUGUACCUUGUAGAUGGAGAAAUUUUAGAUGUGGAAGAUUAAUUUGUACCUAUCCUACUCGAAUUCCUUUCUAUAAAGACAAUGUUGCUGUGAUGUAUGCUUAUGUGCGAGACAUUAUAUGUGUAACUAUAGACUUCAGAGUUCCUUUGUCUGCUCAAGAUCCAAUGGCAGUCAGAUCUGGCACUUAUUGUGAUAAGGGGAAGAUUUGUGUAAAUCGUCAAUGUGUAGACAGACUUGCUGUAGAAAAAAAAGAGCAAGCUUGUUCACAGACCUGUAGUGGGCAUGGAGUAUGCAAUUCUCUACUUAAAUGCCAUUGUUUUGAUGGCUUCCAGCCUCCAACAUGCAAAUCAAAAACCAGAGCAUAUUCUGAAGUUCCUGAGAAGCAAGGCUUAUUGAUGGAGAAUGUUUUUAGGAAGACUAAAAAGAGCUGGUCACUUCUAAGUGUCUACAUUGUUUUGCCUGGUCUUGUUAUAGCAAUCAUAAUAUUUGUUUCAUGGAAUCGUUUGAAAAAGUGGUUCGUCAAGGAAGAAGAAUCUUUAAGCAGCAAAUCUGAACCGAGAAACCACACAGAUACCAGUAGGUCAGAAGUUAGCAACAAAACGGACACCAGCAGUAAUUAGUAAUUCCUCCAGAAGCCGUGAAUAUUACCAAGACUUUCAGUGAGAAAUGGAAAUUCUGCCUUUGCCUCCCUGGUGAUAUUGAAGGAAACAAUAAACCAAACUAACUUACA